UCUCCCAUCGCUAACACAGCUGUUUUGGCGGCAUUCACGUUUGGAAAAUACGCAACACUUUCGGGACUGAGUUUAUUUAUAAUGUGGAGCUGUCGUUAAGUUUUCCGAACCAAAGUCAAGUGGCAGUAUUAUUAUGACGGAUAAAAGCGCAAUAAACGAGGCACUGGAGAAGUUCUUUGGCCACAAAGGCUUCAAGUCAGAGCUGCAGCAACGAGCCAUCACAUGCGCUGUGAAAAAGAAACAGGAUGUUUAUGUGUCGAUGCCCACGGGCUCGGGCAAGUCACUGUGCUUCCAGCUGCCCGGCUUGAUGUGCGAGAAUCAGCUGACAAUCGUUUUCUCGCCUCUGCUGGCGUUGAUCAAAGAUCAGAUCGAUCACCUGGCCAAACUGAAGGUGCAGGCAGACUCGCUCAACUCCAAGAUGAGCACCAAAGAGCGCGAACGCGUCAUCAUGGAUCUGCGUGCCAUCAAGACGAAUAUCAAAUUUCUGUAUAUAACGCCAGAGCAAGCGGCCACGAAGUUCUUUCAGGAUCUACUCCAUUCACUGCACAAGCACAAGAAGCUCGCUUAUUUCGCAGUGGAUGAGGCGCACUGCGUCUCCCAGUGGGGUCACGACUUUCGACCCGACUACCUAAAGCUGGGCGACCUCCGUGCCAAGUAUCCUGACGUUGUUUGGCUGGCUCUGACAGCGACGGCCUCGAAGGAGGUGCGCGAGGAUAUUUACAAGCAGCUGCGCCUGCGUCAGCCCGUGGCACAAUUCAGUACUCCCAGCUUCCGAUCGAAUCUCUACUAUGAUAUUGUGUACAAGAACUCCAUUGAGGAUGACUUUCAUCAUUUGGCCACAUUUGCGCAGCAUUGUUUGGGCGAUGAAUCUGAGUUCAAGGCUACGCCGAAAGCAAAGCGCGGUUGCGGCAUCAUCUACUGUCGCACUCGAGACCAGGUGGAGCGCGUCGCGGUUGGCGUUUCGAAGCAGGGAGUCGGUGCAGUGGCCUAUCAUGCCGGACUGAAGACAGCGGAGCGCACAGAGGUGCAGGAGGCUUGGAUGCGUGGGGAUCAGCCCAUCAUCUGCGCAACCAACAGCUUUGGCAUGGGCGUUGACAAGCCCAGCGUGCGCUUCGUUAUCCACUGGGAUGUGCCUCAAAAUGUGGCCGCCUACUAUCAGGAAUCAGGUCGCGCAGGACGCGACGGUCUUCAGUCCUAUUGCCGUCUUUACUAUGGCCGCGAAGACGUGCGCUCCAUACGUUUCCUCCUGCAGAACGAUGCGCAACGCGCUCGUGGUCGUGGGGAUCGUGAGAUGCUCACGGAGCGCGCUCUGCGGCAAUUCGAGCGAAUUGUGGACUUCUGCGAGCAGACGCGCUGCCGGCACAAACUCUUUGCCGACUAUUUUGGUGAUCCUGCGCCUGACUGCAAUGCUCAGUGUGAUGUGUGCAAGCGACCCAAGCAGGCAACGAAGGCGCUCGAGACGUUUCAAAAACUCUGCAUGGACGCCACCUUCAAGUCGGACAUUUCACUGCAGGAUUGCGCCGAUCUGUACGAGGGUGGUCGUGCGGGCACCAAAAGAGCAGCCCAAGAUUAUGCCAGCAAUGAUUCGGACCAGGAGUCGGAGCACAGUCACGCAGCUCAGGCGAAGCGGGCCAAAAAGGAAACCGAAAAUUUUAUUCGCGAACAGUUCAAGCUGCGCAAGCAAUUGGGUGCAGCCCGCCAGCUGGAGCAAGAGACAAGCACGCAAAUAGCACGCGUGAAGCAGGCACAAUCGACGGAGACUAAGAUCAGUGGACUGCAGCAUACGAGUCGAGAGAAAUACCUGGACGCCAUCAUCGAAGCGCUGAAGGCGAAUGUCAAGAAGUGCGAAAAGGAAUCGGAUCAGCAGCCAAGAAGCGCGCUGAGGCACAAUGACUACGAGGCCAUGGCAGUGGAACUGGAAUACGAGGUAUUUCGGCAGCAGCGCGUGGUUAACAUGUAUCGGCAUGCCCUAGCCAAACAGCUGGCCAGCAUUAAACAACUAACUGCCAAGACGACGCUGAUGCCGCUCAUUCGGGACUAUGUGCCGCGACCGGAGACAAGCGCCAAGGGCGUCUGGACAGGUGGAAGUGUGGCCUAUUUCGAAAGGAAGCUUAAGGAGCUGGAGGAGCAGAAGCCACAGUCUAUGAAGGAGCCACCAAAGGCGUUGCGUGAACGCAAAGACUUCAAAGAGGAUCAAAGCAAGCAGACAUCAAUUGCCAGUUUCUUUACCAAAGUCAAGCAGGAGGUGAAGGAAGAAGAAAUAACAGAGAGUCCAGAAGAGCAUCCUGUCACUGUUAAGACCGAGCCAGAAGAGGAAGCUGAAGAAGAUGGGCCAAUGAAGGAUGUAGAAGAGAACGAUAAUGCAACAGAAACCACGAAGGAAGUGGAAGAUAAUGAAAUUAAAUCAGAGAUAGAAUCGCCAGUUCUUGAGGCGAAAGUAAAGCAGGAACACGAUCAGACUGAGGGUGAGAGUCCUACGAGUGAGGAGCAGUUGGAACUUGAGUUCGGAGACAGAAAAUACAGACUUAUGGCAAAUGGCGAUGGUAGCUACGAUACGCAUCGCAAAGCGCGUGUCUCGCGUCUAGAGGCAGAAACAAAAAAGAAGGAAGUAAAGCCCAAAGACAACUUCAAACUGAUUUUUGGCAAGUCGGAAAGUGAAGACGAAAGGAACGAAAUCGAGAAGGAGACGGAAACAGAAGCGAGCACAGAUUCAGUAAAAUUCAUAACUGCUCGCCAGAUGCUAGCAGAUAAAAAGUCGGAGCAGCGGCUAGAAAAGAAGCAACCAGAACUGAAAAAUGAAUCUUUAACACUUAACGGGGGCUUUCAGACUGCGAGACAAAUGCUAGAGCAAAAGCAGAAGAAAGUGAACGUUAAGGAAGAGCCACAGUUAGAUGAGGCGAGCGAGUUGAGAAAGAAGCAACCAAACAUCGAGGAAGAGCCACAUUUAGCGAAGUCGAGGGCAAAUAAGUCGCCAGUGCCACAGGAGAUGCCAAGAGAUGAGGCACAAAAGGUCAAGUCCAGCUCUCAGCUGAAGAAGAAACCUCAAAUCAAUCAGCAGAAGAACGAUGUUAGCAAGUCUGUGGUGCAGUGGCUCAAUCCCUACUACAAGCGUAAAAUAGCCACCCGGGAGCUGUUCAAGGCUCUGGCAAAGCUCAUCACGCAACGCAUAUGCGACGGCAGCCUGGGCAACGGCGAUGUGUGCAAGUGCUACAUCAAGGAAACGUUUCACAGCCUCAAAAUGAUCGAGAAUGACCAAGACAUUGAGAAAUACUUUACAAUUUCUAUAAAAUGAGAAAAAAUUUAAUUCUCACAUUGCUUUUUGCCAAUGUCUGACAUCUGCUCGAAAUGUUAUUAAUAUGUUAACAGUUGUCAUAACUGUUUUUUGUUGUUUGUCGUUGAACCUACUGUAAAUAUUGAUAAUCACUUUAAACCUUUACGAAAAACUGCUUACAAAAUUAAAGUUGCAAAAGAUACGGAUAUCGCUUGGAAGCCAAGUUUGGAUUAAUAUGAUCGGUUAUAAGAUCCUACAGUAAAUACAGCAGAUUCAAUUAAAAUGUCCUUGUUUAAAUACCUAAAACAGAAAUGUAAAUUUGACUUUUUUUUAAUAAUUGUUCAAUUAGACCUUAACAAUAAUUUGCGUUAUAUAAGUAGUAACCAGCUAACCCCUAAAACGUGUUAUUUAAAUGCAAAACUUUUACGCCACAUGAAAAAUAUAUAUUUAAAUAAUCAA